AAAUAAAAUAGUAUACGAAUCGUAUUCAUGUUUGGUUUGGUUUGGUUGUAUCUAACUGGAUUCUGUUGUUAAAGCGCUUCAAUUCCAAUUUUCCCUCUCUGCACUGCAACCCCCAAUUCAGGUUGAUUGAAUGAGUUUCAUGAUGGUGGAUUUGGGGUUUGCAAUUCUGAGAUGGGUUACCAGCCCUGACGCUUCCGUUGCGUCGAUUUUCGGAUGGCUGAUCACCGGAUCGUUUGGACUCGUGGCGGUUGUAUAUGCUGUUCUCAAGUGGCACCGGAGAUCGUAUUUGAAUUGGAUUAAAGCUGCAGCCAGAGAGAAGAAGAAAGUUUGGAAGAAGUUUAGAGUGCCUCUAUCGGAGCAUUUAUGGGUUGAGGAUUUUACUUACAGGGAGCAGCCGUCCACUUGCUGUUUCUGCUUGACUUCGCUAUGGCCGUCUCAGAAUUUAGGCACGACGGCGUUACCGCGUACUCCUCUCCAUCGUUGCUCGGUUUGUGGUGUUGCAGCUCAUUUCCUUUGCUCGCAGUUCGCGUCGAAGGAUUGUAAAUGUGUGGCUCAGGCUGGUUUUAGUCAUGUUCGACAUCACUGGUCGGAAAGAUGGGUUAAUGUGGAUGAGAAUCAUGAGAUGUCUGCUUUUUGCUUUUACUGUGAUGAGCCGUGUGGUGUCCCGUUUGUCAAAGCUUCUCCUACAUGGCAUUGUCGGUGGUGUCAGCGGCUAAUUCAUGUGAAAUGUCAUAACAAAUUGACUGCAGAGUCUGGUGAUUUUUGUGAUUUGGGAUCCUUGAGGCGAGUUAUCCUCUCUCCUCUUUGUGUCAAAGAAGUUGAAGAAGAUCUAAAAGGAGGGCGACUGAGUUCUAUUAUAACCUCUUCUGUUCGUGGUCAGAUUAGAAAGCGGCGUAAUCGCAAUAAACAUGGAGGUAGUUGCCAUGCUAAUGGUAAGUUGCGACGUAACUCAGUUACUGAUGCAACAUUUUUCGAUCAGGUGUUGAAUGGCCUCCAUUGGAAUAAAUCCAGCGAUGAGAAACUCUCUGACCACAACAACAAUGGUGGAGUGUCAAGAAAUGGAACUUCUACCCCUACUGAAAUCAAGAAAUACACAUUGGUUGAUUUGCCCCAAGAUUCAAGGCCUCUUUUGGUCUUCAUCAAUGCCCGGAGUGGUGGGCAGCUUGGGCCUUCACUUCAUAGGAGAUUGAAUAUGCUACUAAAUCCUGUUCAGAUCUUUGAAUUGGGUUCUUCUCAAGGUCCUGAGGUAGGGCUGGAAUUGUUCAAAAGUGUACGCUAUUUUAGAGUGUUGGUAUGUGGUGGGGAUGGCACCGUUGCGUGGGUCCUUGAAGCUAUAGAAAGAUUCAAUUUUGAGUCACCUCCGCCUGUUGCAAUCCUUCCUCUAGGCACUGGAAAUGAUUUGUCUAGGGUACUGAAUUGGGGAAGAGGCUUCACUGCCCUUGAUGGACAAGGUGGGUUGACCAUGCUUUUGCAUGACAUUAGCAAUGCAGCAGUUACUAUGCUAGAUCGCUGGGAAGUUAAAAUUGCAGAAGAAAACUCUGAAGGAAAAUCUUAUGAAGUGAAAACUAAAUCCAUGAUGAACUACCUAGGUAUUGGAUGUGAUGCAAAGGUUGCAUAUGAAUUUCAUGUUACCAGAGAGAUAAAUCCUCAAAAGUUCAAUAGUCAGUUUUUGAAUAAAUUACGGUAUGCUAAAGAAGGAGCAAGAGACAUUAUGGACAGAGCUUGUGCUGACUUGCCUUGGCAAGUAUGGCUUGAAGUUGACGGUAGAGACAUUGAGAUUCCUAAGGAUUCAGAGGGCUUAAUAGUGCUUAAUAUUGGGAGCUAUAUGGGUGGUGUAGAUCUUUGGCAAAACGAGUAUGAGCAUGAUGACGACUUUAGUCUUCAAUCCAUGCAUGAUAAAAUGCUUGAGGUGGUAUGUGUUUGUGGAGCAUGGCAUCUGGGAAAACUUCAGGUUGGACUUUCUCAAGCAAGAAGACUAGCUCAAGGUAAAAUUAUCAAGAUACACUCUUCCAGUCCUUUCCCAGUUCAAAUCGAUGGGGAACCAUUUAUCCUCCAACCAGGCUACUUAGAGAUAACUCAUCGCGGGCAGGUAUUCAUGUUGAGGAGGACUUCUGAAGAUGAACCAAAAGGGCAAGCAUCUGCUAUAAUGACCGAGGUAUUACUAGAUGCCGAGUGCAAGGGCAUUAUAAACGCAUCUCAGAAGAGAGUUCUUCUACAGGACAUGGCCAUCCAACUCUCUUGAGAUCUAUCUUUCAGUUCAGUCACAGCAUAAAUAGUUGCCCUUACUUAGGGUUUUUGUCCUCUAACCCUUUUUCAUAUGACAUUUUUGUGGUAAUUCUAAAGAAAUCAGAGAGAAGGAUAUAGUUCCACGAAGCAGCUAAUGUAAGAGAGUGAAAGCUGCGAGGCGGCAUGGUCAAGUCAAAGUUUCCAUUUUGCUGUGUGUAGAUGAGUGGGUGAAACUCCAUGUACAUUCUUUAUAAAUGUGUGAAGAUAAAACGAAGAACCAAAUGUGAGAGGACAGUAAAGAGGUGAAAAGUGGAUAUAAAAUAUGGAGUGUGGGAAGAUCAGUACCACAUGUUUUCUUGAAAUUUUAGUUCUUUCACCUCACCGAGAAGAUUAGGAGAAAAAAAAAGAGGAUAUUGAUGAAAAGAAUACUCAUUAGCAUUAGUAUUUGUUAACAAAUUUCUAAUUUGAAAAGGUAGUAUUAGUGAA